CACCAAUCGGAUCCGGGGAGGGUGGGACAGUGUGCAGCGCUCAGUGUUCCCAGGCCAGGGAAAUGACAUGCCAGCUUCAGCCUGUUUGUGGUUCCUGUGCCAGGGCAGCUCAGUGUAGGGAGUGCCCUGGGGAGCCCCUGGGGGGGGCAGGGAGCGGCUGGGCGGCUGCGGUGUAGAAGAGUGGGCCAGAUGGCUGAAGGAAACUACCCCAACAGUCCUGGUUCCCUGCAAAGAGAACCUGGGGCUGGCCUGGAAGCCCAGAGCAGUGACAGUCAUGGUGCCACCCUCGGUGCCACCGAUGGAAAUGCAGGUCGCAAUCUGAAGGAGUGGCUGAGGGAGCAGUUCUGUGACCACCCCCUUGAGCACUGCGAAGACAUGAGGCUGCACAACGCUGCCUAUGUCGGGGACCUGGAGACGCUCCGGAGCUUGCUGCAGGAGGAGAGCUUCCAAAGCCGAAUCAACGAGAAGUCCGUGUGGUGCUGCGGCUGGCUGCCCUGCACCCCACUGCGCAUCGCUGCCACCGCCGGCCAUGGCAACUGUGUGGAUUUCCUCCUCCAGAAAGGGGCGGAGAUUGACCUGGUGGAUGUGAAGGGGCAGACAGCCCUCUACGUUGCCGUGGUGAACGGGCACCUGGAAUGCGCCCAAAUCCUGCUGGAAGCUGGUGCAGACCCCAACGGGAGCCAUCACCAUCGCAGCACCCCUGUGUACCACACCUCCCGCGUGGGCAGGGCCGACAUCCUGAGAGAGCUGAUAAGGUAUGGCGCUGACGUGGAUGUCAACCACCACUUGCCCUCACGGCUCCCCAGCCCCUCCUCUCGCCCGCUCACUUCCUUGGUGGUCUGCCCUCUGUACAUCAGCGCUGCCUAUCACAACCUCCAGUGCUUCAAGCUGCUGCUCCAGGCUGGAGCCAACCCCGAUUUUAACUGCUGCGGCCCCGUCAACAUCCAGGGCUUCUCCAGGGGCUCCCCGGUCUGCGUGAUGGAUGCUGUCUUGAGACACGGCUGCGAGCCAGCCUUUGUCAACCUCUUGAUUGACUUUGGAGCCAACUUGAACCUGGUGAAGGCAGAAGCCCUGGCUGCCGAUUCGACUGGAAGGGUCAAAGUCAACCCAGAAGCCUUGCAGGUGUUCAAAGAAGCCAGGAGCUGCCCCAGGAGCUUAUUGUCUUUGUGCCGUGUGGCCGUGCGGAGGAUACUUGGCAAAUACCAUCUGCAUCUGAUACAUGCUCUUCCAGUCCCAGACCCUAUCAAACAAUUUUUACUUCACAAACAGAGCUAGAAUGCAAUCAGCUGCUUUGGGGACAGUUUGCUGUAAGAAAUGAGUAAGCUGAUGAAAACAGGUGCCAAUCGCCCCCUCCCCACAGUGCUGUUUUGAACGAUAUAUCCUGUGAUUAUUUGCAUAAGGUUAUUUGUUAUGACACUACCUCUGUUGCUGUUACUUGUAACUUGUCUUGGGUUUUAGCAACACUACCGUAUGCCGAACUUGUACAUACUCAAGCGGUGGGCUUUUAUCUGCCUAUAAUAUGCAAAAGGCAGUCCCUGACCUCAUCAGUAAUGGGCGUGUACAACAGUACUGUUCCAUUAUCUUCUCAUGCUUCAGCUGUCCUUACUUCGACCUUGCUCCCUUGAGGAGCUGACAAUUGCUAUUGUGCAUAUGGCAAGUUGAUGUGUUUUGACUUGCUGUAUGUCUCAUUCUGGGGUGAAUGCAUUGGGUUUCUUGUCUGGUGCCGUGUGUUUGCUGGAGAAUAUGAAAUUGCUUGUGUGUGCCUAGCUGUUCAAGGUAGCAGCAGAGUCCCAAGCCAGAUCACUUGGCUUUUGUUAUUUAGAAAUCCCGAGAUGGGACUACUAAAAGGCUAGGAGAUAGCCAACCGGUCUGAGCCACUGCAGGUGUCCUCAAAACACUCUCAGAUGUGAUAUGGUGUCCUGACAUACCUGCUACCAAAAAUAUAUAGGUCUGGGUGGGCUACCAGAAAAAUAGGUCUCCAAUUACAUGAAUGCCUGGGAGUGGACCAGCUAUAGCAAUCACUGCCAUGGCAUGAAGGGGAAAACCCAUAAGAGAGAAGAAAAGAAUGGGGUUUCUCAAUGGGACUGUGGAGAAGGCACAUAACACUCACCAUGGCGCGUGGUUUAGCAGGCAGCCCACUCAGCUACAAGUUGUGGAGGCGUCAGUCUGAGAUUGUGCUCAGAUGCUCUGUCCCGCUCCUUCGUGACUGUGGUGCGUCUCAGCCUUCUAAUGAGGCAUUAAGCUAAUGUUUCUAAUGUCCAUGGGCCACCAGAAAACUCCCAUGGCACUUCUCAAAAAGACAAUGUUCUGCUGAACAGCUCGAUGCGCAGUAAUGCUGGUUGAAAUACCCAAGGAUGAACGGGAGCUAUUGUUCGGUGAAUGACUUGGUAAAUGUAUCUGUAGUGUCCCUACGCUACUGGUAAUUAACUCCAUGCUUGUAAAUUGCUGUGGGGUUACUCCAUUCAAGAAACUCCACCAAACCAAAUACUAGUCUGCUUUCAUUGCUUAGAAACAUGCCGCCCCCACUAAAAUGUUAUCAGUGUUCCAACAGCCGUGUUGGCAGUUAUCGAUGGGGAGGUGUCGGCAGUUUGCAAAGCAUGGCACACGCAUAUAGACAUUACUACCACCCUUCCCUGCCCAUCCUAUGUUGGCAUCAUUGUCAGCUAGAAUGUUCCCCAACCAUCAGGUGUUUCCUACUUCUGCUGUGGACAGAACAAUUUCUUGGGGUGUCCGUGUGACUGAGCUGCUUGGUUUUAUCUUGAAUAAAGACUGAGUAACACUGCACCCAAUGGAAGAAUGCUGGGCAGCUCGGCCAAGGCGCCCUUUGUUUCUAGUGUCUCCAUUAAUUAUUAUUGUUUAUGUGGCAGUAAUGACUAACGGGCUCCAAUCACAAACUGGGGCCACAUUCUACUAGGCCCAAUACAAUCCGUACAAGAGAUUCCCUGUCCCAAGGAGAGCACCUAGAGUGCUUUCCUGUCCUAUGCUUUGUGUAGGGAUGUUUUAAAAACAGAUAGGAGGCCCUGUCCCACUGAGCCCCGCAGUAUGUGCUCUGCGGUGCUCCUAGCAGUGGAGUGUCAAGGUUUGCAAGGAGGUGGCCCCACAGCUGGGAAGAAGUUCCCCCUCCCUUUUACUCAUUUGUUUAGCUGUUGAUUUCUAUACACUAUAUUUAUGUAUAUGCUUUGGGUGAGAUGCUGUGCUGAACCUCUGAGGGUGCAGCACCAAACCUGCAGCCCAAAGGGAGGGGAAGCUAUAGUCGCUUUUGUGCCCUCCCAAUCCUGGGCCGUUGCAGGGGCUGCGGGAGGCCCCCUGUGUCAUGUAGUCAGUCCCAGGAGCCUAAAUUACAGCAAUCUCUCGCAAAAAGAAAAGGAGGACUUGUGGCACCUUAGAGACUAACCAGUUUAUUUGAGCAUAAGCUUUCGUGAGCUACAGCUCACUUCAUCGGAUGCAACUCUUGGGGCUCCAGCAUUAGACAGGGAAUUGUCUGGAAACUGGGUUUCGAGCCAUCCCCCGCACCACCUCCCAGCCCCACCCUCUGCACACCCACUACACCAGGUGUUUUGAGGGGUUCUUGAAAUGCAGCCUUGAGGCUGUCUUCUGCAGUGCCUGUGCCAGAGAAAGCCGCCCCUGGGUGGUUACCGUGCUUUUACUCUGAUCCAGCCCUUUUACCCAGUGUGAAGCAGCUGAGGAGACCAUUCUUUGUCUUGAGUGCCUGCAGUUCAGCAGUUGUGGAGAGUUGGCUGAGGCGUGUGAAAGACAGAGAGAGGCAGUGGGGGGUUGGGGUAGGGUCCUCCAGAAGACACUGCUGCUGGGGUGUGUGUGCUCCGGCGGUCGCUGAUGCUCCUGGGGUGGGGAGCUACCGCUGCUCUGGGGCAGCGCCCAGGACCAGUUGCCUGGGGCCACUGGAGCAGCAGCCAGUGCGGCUGGCCACGGGGCCACCCCAGCUGCUCAGCCAGCCCUGGGGUCAGCCUCUGCAGCUGCAGAAGUCACAUGACUUUCCGUGACCUCUGUGAAAGACUCGCAGCCUUAACGAUGACCACCAAAUCCCUUUCCGCAGUACUCCUUCCUAAGCAGUCGUUUCCCAUUUUUUAUGUGUGCCACUGAUUGUUCCUUCCUAAAUGCUGUACUUUGCAUUUGUCCUUAUGAAUUUCAUCCUAUGAAUGUUUGUGUUUAAAUUUGGUAAGCAAUGCUGGAUUGCUAUUUUUUGCUGUUAUUUCACUAUUUUCUUACUUUGUAUUAACGGCUCUGCAUUAACGGUUCAUUCUGGCAAGGAGGUAGAUUAGAAGAAAGGGGAGCAAUGGACAGAGAGUCCUCAGUGUUCCUUAUCAUUGGCCUUUUAAUUUCAGAUUAGCAGCCAUGCAGUCUGGCCUAAGGCGGCAGUAGAUGGCAAGUAUAUAAAGAUGGGUCCUGCAUUGCCUCUGCUCGCUGUUUCAUUGCAAACAAAUAUCUGAGUAUGUGAGAUGAAAAGGAAAAACAAAUUUCUGCUGAUUAGGUUUUGCUGAAUUUUGAGUGAUGAGUAGGUCCUCAGACACCAGAGCGAUGGGUGUUUUAAAAACCAUAGAUAGGGAGGGAGGAAAUGAGGGAAAGUGGAUGGAUAGACAGACACAUGCUUUUGGAAAGUUAGAUCAGUGACAACCUGUAUUGUAGAGUCUUUAGGUCCUUUAGGCUCCACCCCUUGGAGGCCUCCCCAGCAGAUUGGCUGAUCCCACUAGAAUGCUGGGAAUGGGUGACAGAGGAUGGAUCACUUGAUGAUUACAUGUUCUGUUCAUUCCCUCUGGGGCACUUGGCAUUGGCCACUGUCUAGGGUGACCAGAUGUCCCGAUUUUAUAGGGACAGUCCUGAUUUUGGGUUUUUUUCUUAUAUAGGCUCCUAUUACCCCCCACCCACAUCUGGAUUUUUUACAUUUGCUGUCUGGUCACCCUACCACUGUCGGAGGACAGGUUACUGGGCUAGAUGGACCUUGGUCUGACCCAGUGUGGCCGUUCUUAUGUAGAAUCCUAUGUGCAUCUUUAGGCACUUAGAUACCUUUAAAAACCUGGCCCCAAAGGAGAUGUUGGAAGAAGGGUCUGAGAUGGAACAUCAUUACGAUAUAGAAAGAACAAAACCUCAAAACAGCCCUAAAUUCAACUGUGAUGUAACUUUGUAGAGCUGAGCUAGGGUUGAAUUUGGCCCAUGACUGAAACGAUUGGAUAGCUAAGAUGGUUGAUGGCUGGAUGUAUGAUCAAAUUCAGCAAUUGAAGUUACUUGUUGUGGAGUGUGAUUAAAUCUGAGCCCAGUGUGCCUUGACAGCAUAAUUAAUGCUUAUACAAUUUUAACCAUAUAAACCCUCACAUCUACCCUCUCCUCAAAAACAUUACUCCUAUCCAUAAAAACAACACAUCAAGCAGUGUCCUCCUCCCAUACAAUAUUUAUGUGUAAGGACCAAUAGGACAGUCAGGGUGUACAAGACACAUUGGCCCCACCUUGCUUACAAAAUUCUGUUUAUAUCUAUCGUAAGUGGUUUCUCUCCCUGGUAUCUUCACCUACCUGCUCUGACUGCUAAAAAGGACAACCUGGGUUAUGGGUGAGAUGUGAUCAAAUCUUACCUGUAUUUCUCUCUCUAAAGAAAGUCUGAACUUGAGGGCCCUGAUGCCUCAAACACUUGGGUCUAUGCUUAAUUUGAUGCAUGAGUAGUUCCAUUGAAACCAAACAUGUUUAAAGUUAACCAGGUGUUUGGAGGAUCAAAACUAUAAUGUGCAGGAGGCAUUUCUGGCUUGUGUAGCUGAAGGUGCUCAUUUCCCAUUGGAAGUCAGAGACUCUUGCCUCUCUGAAAAUGCCAACCAUUCUCAUCUUUCCUCGUGGAGAGACAGCCAGAUAAGAGCUGAAGUCAAUGGGACUUCUCAUGUUCAGAAUGUUAAGCACAAGCGUGUUUGCAGGAUAGGUGCCAAAGUGGUUUCCCGUGGAGGUUUGCUACCAAGGGUGCCAAACCUUGCUUAAAAGGGCAAUGUUAAGCAUACGUAUAUCCUGAAAUUUUUAGAGGAAACUGUUGAGUUGUGAAUUGAAAAAGUGACUUCCAGGGGUCAAUGAUAUUCUCAACCUGUGGCUUCAGGCAUUAGAUCUAGCUGCUGACUUUUUUUUUUCAACCAAAGGAACGAUAAUUUUCCACUAUGAAAUCUGAGUAAUAACAUGUAUACACUAUGCUCCCAUUUACUCAAAACUUUAUUGUCCAAACCUCUGCAUUAUCCAAAUCCCUUCCUUUCUCCCCUGCAUGAGACACAUGCUGCAGAGGGUGUGUAUCUCAUGCUGGGAGGUAAGGAAUGAGUUUGGAUAAUAGAACAGAACCCCGUGGCCAGGACGGCGAGGAGGAGGAUGAGUGUUGGCCACUGAGAAGGCCACCCCCUGCUGAAUGGCUCUGGCCCUCUGGAUUAUCCGAGCUCCCAAUUACCCCAGUAAAAUCUGUGUGCCCGUGCUAUUUGGCUAAUUGGGAGUGAGCUGUAUAUUGUACAGCUGUAGUACAAUAUAUUUCUAUAUAACUAUAUAUAGAGAGAGAUUUUCGCCUUAACUCAUAUUUCACUAUUUUCUCAUAAGUAGAAAAAUACCUCUUUUGCAAAGGCGUUUGUUCCAUAGAGUCCUACAGUAAUGGCUGAAUAGCAUAAAUAACUCAUAACAAACAUGUAUCUUCUGCCCCAGCCAGAAAUCAUUCUAGGUGGGAAAUCAAACAGCCAGACAGUGUAUAUUGCAUAUAUAGACGCAUGCACAUUAUGUAUCAAUUAGUGUGUGGCCUUGCUAGGAAUGCAGCUUGUGAUAUGGUAACGAGAUUGGAAAAUUGGCUAAUGAACCUAGACACAUUUUGAAUAAUCACAGCCAUUAAAAAAAGAGAAUUAUUUCA